UUUUUUUGCUUCUAAGAAUCAAGUCACAACGGGAUUUGAAUGUCUGCUUGUCAUUAUCACCCAGGGUCAACAGAGUGUAUAAAAUUUUGCUCUUUUUCAAACAUGCAUCACGGAAAGCACUUGCGUCGUUUGAAUCGUUCUUCUGCACAUAGAAACGCACUUCUCAGAAACCUUGUUUCUUCACUUAUUGAACAUGGCAGAAUAGAAACAACAGUUGCAAAAGCAAAGACUAUUCAACCUAUUGCUGAUGCUAUGGUCACCCUUGGCAAACGAGGCGACAUUGAAGCCAAGAAACAAGCCCUUGCUUACCUUAAUAGUCGUGAUACAACAGUGCCUAGAUUAUUUGAUGAACUUGCAGCACGAUUUGAGAGCAGACAAGGUGGCUAUACUCGUAUUCAAAGAAUCGGCAAGCGUUAUGGUGAUAAUGCACCUAUGGCUGUGAUUGAAUACAUUGAUGGCCCCACAGACACCAAAAGAGAGAUGGUCACCAGUACAUUGGCUCGUAAAUUUGUUUCAACAGAAAAAGUAUCUGUCAAAGAUAUUUUGGAAGACACAAACAAGGCAGAAGCCCUUGGUUUACCAAAGACACUUGUUCGUAACUUAAAGAAGGUUCAAUUUUCAAACUCGAUACAAGACAUUGAUCAUGCUAUUGAAAAGAAAAUGGCUGAUUUAUAAAUAAAAGAAAUAUAUAUAUAUAU